UUCUAGCUGAUACAGUAUUAUAUUAUAUAUAUCUAGUUAUUGGUCCACCCUUAGUUAUAAUGCCGGACUUAAAAGGGUGUUUACUCUGAUAAAGCUGUGCUAUUGUUAUCAACACGUGACCCUGUUGAUAAAGCCUGACAGCUCGGCCUUUUGACUUCCUCCUCUUCUCUUCUGAGGACGAUACGAGGAGGGAAUCAAGAGUAUGCAGGAUGGUCGUGGUGAAAGCAGAGACUUCUUAUCCGUGCGCUCCCCCGGAUACUUUGGUUCAAGCAUUCACGCGCAUUGCGGAGCUUGAGGCCAAGGGUCCUUCCAAUAAACGUCGCAAAGUGACAUAUGGACCCCAGAGCCUCCGCGAGGACAAUGGUUUGUCGGAGUGUAGAGCACCGAAUGGCUAUGUUCCCCUUGCACGCUUUCAUUUACGUCUGAACUUUGGCCGCUCGGAGUCGGCUCAGAAUGGACAAAAUGGCUUUACUGACACCGACCGCAAACUACCCGUGUUCAUCAAGGCAUCCAGGAACCAUCCAUCCAAGCGUAGCGAGGCGAUUUCCGAAUCACUCGUUCUAGAGUUAGAGACUAUAGAAGAGCGAGAAACUGUUUUCGUCGAUGUUUUUACUAAUCCAGAGGUGGUUAAACUCGGCUCUGACUUGGAACUUGCAAGCAAGCUCAUCUGCGCGGAUCGCUAUCACAGGAGACCCCCGACUGCGUGCUCUCAAUCGACUCUUCGGUAUCUUGCAGAUAGUGGGUCCUUUCAUCUUGAAACGAUCAUUUUAUGGAGAGAUACGCUGGAUAUCUCGGAUGAUCAAAAAUUAAUGGAUCCAGCGGUGAGAGCAUUCUCUAAAUACGCCAUGCGACAAAAAGAGGACGAAACUGAAGGGUCAAGUUGUAAGCGACGGAAUCGAAUGCCGGUCGGCGGGGAUGGAUGGUCGCCUCGUGAUUUCUAUGACAACGUUCAUGUGCCUCCAGACACUCCAUCGCUAUCAGCGGAGGUGACGAGCAGUCUGAUAGAGUGCCAGCUUUUUCCAUUUCAACGACGGGCGGUUCGAUGGCUUUUGAGAAGAGAAGGUAUGGAGCUCGACUCAGAUGGACAAGUGACCCCGAUUAAAAAGCCUCCGAAUGAUGAUCUACCGGAGUCUUUCCAGCAGAUCACUGAUGCAGAUGGAAACCCCUGUUUUGCCAGCCAUCUGUACAUGAUUGUCACCAGGGACCUUUCUGGCUGGUAUGAUGUGGAAAAAUACCUGAAGGGCGGUAUUUUGGCUGAAGAAAUGGGCCUAGGCAAGACUGUCGAAAUGAUCUCACUAAUGUGCCUUAACCGCCGAAUUCUCCGUCCCGAAGAAACCUUUGCAGGUGCUGGUACGAAUGGAUUAAGGCCAACCGGUGCCACGCUUAUCAUAACACCGCCAGUUAUUCUUGAGCAGUGGAAACAAGAAAUUGAACUACACGCACCGAAACUUCAAGUUUUCCAUUAUACCGGUAUUCAGCGCCAUCAAACAUUGUCUGAUCAAGAGUUGGUUGAAACUAUGGCUGACAACGAUGUUGUGCUUACAACCUACAACGUUCUCGCGCGCGAAAUACACUACGCUGGAGAUACUCCGAAGAGAAAUUUACGGCAUGAGAAAAGGUUCGAGGUUAGGAAGUCCCCUCUUGUCCAGAUUUCCUGGUGGCGGGUUUGUCUAGAUGAAGCUCAAAUGAUCGAGAGCGGAGUUAGUAACGCAGCCAAAGUUGCCCGCCUCAUUCCUCGCCAGAUGGCUUGGGCUGUGACUGGGACUCCUCUUCGCAAGGACAUAACCGAUCUCCUUGGACUGUUGCUCUUUCUCCAUUACGACCCCUUUUGCGGCUUUAUUUGGAGAAGACUAUGUAACAGAUUUACCCCCGUCCUCUCGCGAAUUGUGAAUACUAUUGCGCUAAGGCAUAGUAAAGAUCGCAUUCGGGGCGAGCUUCACCUGCCGCCUCAGAAGAGAGUCGUCAUUACCGUUCCCUUCACCGCGGUUGAGGAACAACACUAUAGGCAAUUGUAUGAAGAGAUGUGUGAUGAGUGCGGUCUGGAUUUCUCAGGCUCGCCUCGUAAUGAUGAGUGGGACCCCAAUGAUCCGUGGGUGAUUGAAAAGAUGCGAAGCUGGCUGGUUAGGCUUCGCCAAUCUUGCCUCUAUCCCGCAGGAACCCGUCGCAGAGGCUUUGCUACCGGCAACGGACCAUUGCGGUCGGUGAGCGAGGUUUUGGAGGUAAUGAUUGACCAAAACGAUACUCUCAUACAUGCAGAAGAACGUACGCUUCUCCUUUCACAGCUUCGUCGGGGUCAAUUACUUGAAAAUGCCAAACGUCGGCAGCCGGCACUUGAUCUCUGGAAAGGCUCUUUGACCCGAGCGAGCGAGAUCGUCCAGGAAUGUCGAGAACGGUUGCAGGUAGAGCGCAAGAAACACCCACCCACUAUCUCGCAUGGUGAACAGAACGCAGGGUCGUCUGAUGUCGACAGCGACGCUGAAGGAGAGGAAACAGAAAAGAAUCCUCGUCUGAAUGCAUUCCGCCUAAGGCUGCGUGCUGCUCUCGAAGUUGAACAUAUUUCCGUUUUCUUCACUGGAAAUGCGUAUUACCAAAUCAAGUCCGAUCCUGAGCUUACGAAGCCCGAAUCCGAGGACUUCCAAGCAUUAGCCAGGCUAGAAGAGGAGGCGUACGCAAAAGCAAAAUUGAUUCGCCAAGAAAUGCUUUCCGAGAUCUCUCGAAAGGCCAAGCGCCACAUGAAAAUGGUUAAGGAGAAGUCUCGAAAAAAGCAAUUUGUGGAUAUCCCCAAGAUGAAGCCUCUGCUGUAUAGCAAGGGACUCGAAUCUCGCCGGGUGCUAGACAAGCUAGAAGAGUUCUGUAACGUGAUGAACAAGCAUGCUAUUCAGUAUGACGACUGGCGCCAGAAAAUGGUCAACCUUCUCUCGGAGUCGCUCAUUGACCAAGAAGAUGACACUGAGCUCCAAGGUGAUGAGUACGAGAGAUCUACAAAGCAUCAAGACGAAAUGUAUGUUUACAUGGAAGCACUGCGUGCGAUUUUCGCCGAUCGUCACGAUGCCCUGACGGGCCAGAAGAACAUUCUCAUUGCCCAUGAAGUUAAAGGGGGUAUUGUGCAAGCACAGAAGGGAGAGGGUCCUUCCCCGACACUUUUUCUGGAGAUUAUGAACACUCGUAGUGAACUGAAACCCGAUCCUACACUUGGCUCGCUUCGUGGGAUUAUCACCGAAUUACGCAGCCUGGGAACGUCGCUCGAGUGGCAAGCAAACCAAGGGAGCUCACGAGCUCGUGCGGAGCUGGAGAUCAUCACUCUGGUACUCAAGAAUGUAGGCCAGAUUGCCACGGAGCAAACCAAGGUUGCGGCGGGUUUGGAGAGGGAAGUCGAACUAUUUCGAGACACCAUGAACCACCGUAUUGAAUACUACCGCCAGCUACAGCAAAUUUCAGACACUGUGGCGCCGUAUGAUGAAGAAAGUGCCGGGAAACCGCUGGAUGAGGCUCUUUUCAACUCGAAGCUCAUGCAGGAAGAGACCGUUGACGCGAAAAUCUCCUCUUUGAAAGCAAAGCGACGUUAUCUUAUUCAUUUACGAGAUGAGUCUGGCCCAGACGAAAGCUCGAAAAUCUGUAUCAUCUGCCAGACAAGCUUUGAAAUCGGAGUUUUAACAGUCUGUGGUCACAAGUAUUGCAAAGACUGUCUCCGCUUAUGGUGGCGUCAACAUCGUUCCUGUCCAAUCUGCAAAAAGCACCUUAAAGCCAACGACUUCUACCAGAUUACCUAUAAGCCCCAGGAAUUCGUGGUACAGGAGGAAAAGUCAUCAUCCAAGAUUGAGCUCGGACGCCCAUCUAACAAUAGUAUAUACACUGAUAUAGGGUCUAGCACAUUGCACGAAAUCAAGAAUAUUGACCUUCCAAGUUCUUUCGGAACAAAGAUUGACACACUGGCAAGACAUAUCUUAUGGCUACGCGAGCACGACCCUGGUGCUCAGUCUAUUGUUUUCUCACAGUACAAGAGCUUCCUAGAAUAUAUGGGUACUGCUUUUACUCGGUUUAAGAUCGGAUACAGCAGUGUUGAUAGCCCCGAUGGGAUACGAAAAUUCAAAAGCGAUCCAGCGAUUGAAUGUUUUCUCCUCCACGCCAAAGCACAUUCCUCAGGACUUAAUCUAGUUAAUGCAACCCACGUCUUUCUCUGUGAGCCGCUUAUCAACACCGCGAUCGAGCUCCAGGCUAUUGCACGAGUGCACCGUAUCGGCCAACACCGACCAACAACUGUCUGGAUGUACCUUAUCUCUGAUACAGUAGAACAAUCGAUUUACGACAUUUCUGUGUCUCGCCGGCUAGCUCACAUUAUACAGCAUGAAAAGGAAAAGGCGCAUUCUCCCGCGUCUUCUGGCAAUGAUGUGAAUGGAGCUAUGAUUGAUAACCUGAGCGAAGCCGUUAUCGACUCUGCGAACUCUCUCGAAAUGCAAGACGCCUCGCUAGCUAACUUGAUGGAAGGGGGUGCGUGGGGUGGCGAACUCGUGCAGAAGGACGAUCUUUGGCAAUGUCUCUUUGGUAGCCCUAGAGACAAGGAAGUCCGCGGCGAUACAUUGACUGCUGGGGGGGAUGUGGCAAGGUUUCUGAGAGCGGAAGCGGCGGAGCAAAGGAUAGAGGCUUCAAAGACCCAUGAAUAAGUCUUGCAAUAUGUUCCUCAAUUUGGGCCGGUCCCAUCUUGGAUCUAUUAAACCCAUCGUGCUUGCUAUAUGGUUGGAUAGCAAGGAUAGCAAACAAUCCCUUUUCAUAACAAUCUACUGCAAACUUCACUCUGUAUACAGUUCUUUCGACAUGGGAAUCAUAAGUGUUCUAGUUGAAUACCUAAC